AUGCUCUCGCUCGCGAUCCUCCCCGCGCUCGCAGCGCUCGUCGCCGCCACAGACAUUGACCACACGGCGCUUCCUUCCUACCACUAUGGCGCCCCGAUUCCGAUUGAGUGCAUGAACCGAAGCUCAGAAACCGGCGAGCAUAUUGAAGACAACAAUCACCAGCUCCAGUGGAUCCCCUUUCCCGUGUGCAAGGAGUCGGGCAAGCCGCUCGAGUUUGGCUACGGCAUCGAGGGCGAGGUCAACUGCACCAUUCCCAUCUCGCACGACUUUUUCCACCUGCUCGAGUUUUACAUUCACAGCGACGCGCCGCUGUCGUGCCGGCUGCCCGCGCGCCCGCCCGCCGUGGUCAGCGUGAUUGGCGAGGCGCCGCCGCCGCAGGAGCACAUUCCGCUCGUCUUUGCCGUGGCCGGCACGCUCCAGCUCAGCCACAUGCACGUCUCGACGCACAUGAAUGUGCUGCUGCACUCGGUGCCCAAGCACCACGUGCACCACCACGACAGCGGCGUCCUCGACUCGGCCAUUUCCUACAGCACCAGCCCGCUCUCCCACAUGGAGGGCGCCGAGUCGACCAAGCUCACCAUUGGCGAGCCGUUACCCUUGCGCUUCUCGGUCCGCUGGUUCCCCACGCCGCAUCUGCCGCACUCCGAGGGCCGCGUCGAGUGGCAGGGGCUCGGCGGCCACAUUUACGCGAGCACAUUCUUCUACAGCCUCGUGUCGUUUAUCGCGGGCGGGCUCGUCGCGGCCAUGUACACGCUGGGUAUCGUGCUGCCGAGGAGGUUGCAGAAUCGGGCGCUAGGUGGCGCGACGCCGCUGGGCCACGGCCUCGGCAAUGGCUGGGGAUACUCGAAACGCAUGGAUUAA